GAGACGGACGCGCUCGAGCGGAGGAGAGGACCGGAGCGGAGCGGCGACACUCGGAGCUUUGACUGUCCGGCAGACGCAGCGCGGAUCCCGGACUCCGGAUCACGUUAUUCCAGCGGCGUGGGGAAGUAGCUUUCCCGGGGAAGAAGGAGCGAUGCGGUCGGCGUGCCCGCGCCUGGUCAGCCUGCUGUUCGUCUUCAGCAGCCUGCAGGUCCGCCAGACGGAGGGCUGCUCGUGCGCCCUCACGCACCCGCAGGACGCGUUCUGCAACUCCGACAUAGUGAUUCGAGCUAAAGUGGUGGGCAAGAAGCUCCUGAGGGACGGACCUUUCGGGACGAUGCGCUACACGGUCAAGCAGAUGAAGAUGUACAAAGGAUUCGACAAAGUGCAGCACGUGCAGCACAUCUACACCGACGCCUCCGAGAGCCUGUGCGGCGUCAAGUUCGACAUCAACAAGUACCAGUAUCUGAUCACAGGUCGAGUGUACGACGGCAAGGUUUACACCGGACUCUGCAACUUCAACGAGCGGUGGGAGCGCCUGUCGCUGGCCCAGAAGAAAGGCAUCAACCACCGGUACCAGCUGGGCUGCGGCUGCAGGAUCAAGCCCUGCCACUACCUGCCCUGCUUCGUCACCUCCAAGAACGAGUGUCUGUGGACGGACAUGCUGUCCCACUUCGGCUACCCGGGCUACCAGUCCCGGCACUACGCCUGCAUCCAGCAGAAGGAGGGCUACUGCAGCUGGUACCGGGGCCUGACGUCCCGCGACAAGACCGCCAUCAACACCACCGACCCCUGAGGCCCCGGCGCGCCCCGAGGCCACGCCCGCCGCCACCUCCCCCGACUCCGUCCCAUCCGCCAUCACCGCCAGAGUAUUCCGGGACUCUCGAAGCUCACUCGAAAAGAGCCAAUCCAUGACAGUGGCUGUCCCUGGCGCUCCCGACAGAACCAGUCCCGCUAGUCUCACACAGUCCUGGCCGAGCGCCGCCAAGGGGCCAAAUAACAAGAUGUCAGAUCCUCCUCAGCUCCAGAUAUUGAUUCAAACAGACUCUCGGUCAGUGGGAAGCCAUGUGGAAUUGGACGUGGUGCCGAUCUGCGGGGUGUGCCGUGCGGAACACUGACCCUGUCCGGUUCCUUCAUGAUGGUAGAAUCUCCGCUCCCCUGAAUGUUUGCUGUUUAACUCAUUUCCCCCGUCUAUCGAGCACUGCAGAGUAAGAGAGAACUGCAGCGCCACCGUGGGGACGGACUGUUGAUUCUUGGUUUUUUUGCAGAGAUAGUGAGACUUUAUUUUUUGCUGUAUAUAACAUAAGCUACAGAAAUCAACUCAGCUGAAACCUCUGUCCUACAGUUAUUUAUAUAUCUAUCGGAUUACUCCAUAGCCAUGUGAUUUAGGUGCAGGAAAAAAAAUGUAUAAAAGGACAAAAUUCCAUUGUGAAAUCCACCACCGCAUGUUCAGCCGUCCAGAAUGAAGGACCAGCGUCUGCACGUUAGAUAUUAUGGUACUUCAUUUUUUUUUCUGCUUCUUCAUUUCCCCAGACCGGUACUCGACACCGACCCCACCAAACCGCAGAGGUUUCAGAGAAUGACAUAUUUUCUAAGUGUAUAUUCAAUCUUUUGUAUUUAACUAUUUGAAAUGGAAGUUAUUCUAAAUGCCGUAACGUUAUCGUCACUAAAUUCAUUCGUCUCCACCUGUUCCCAGCUGAGGUGUUGUUUCUUGUUUUCCUUCGGUCCAUUCCAUUAACGGACACAGAGCGGCGGCGAGGGGCGGAGCCUCACGACUAAAGAGCGUCACGAACAAACACCGGGGACACUUUUUAGAUUUACCUUCUUCUUUUAGCGCCCUCAAUCUGAAGCUCGAUCAUUCAGCUCAGUUUGGACUGACUUUGCAAAAGUUGUUUGAUUCACUGGUAUAAAACUAUAAAAACAACAGAUUGAAACAAAACCGAAUUGGAUUUGUUUCAUUCUUCACUUCCUGUUGGAUGAAAAGAUGCAAGAAUGAAGUCAGAAAUCCUCUGGAAUUCCUGAGAAUGCAGAUGAAUAAUUACAUUUUAUCCAAUAUAUAAUAAGUUAUGUGUUUUGCUCCCAAUAUAACAAAACCUUCUGGAUUUUAUGAAGCGUUCCCGAGCUGCAAAAGCAGAAAUUAGGUGGAAAACAUUGCUCCUUAAAUCAAAUUUUAACUUCAAAAGUUUAUUUAAUACGGUUUUUUGAGAUAAAUCCUGAAUGAAUACUCAAACUGCCUUCCUAAAAGGGGAAAACACUGAGCAAAGCGAGUCUGUGUGGAAGUGUGGCUUCUCUCCCGCCGUGGCUCCUCUGUGUCGUUAUUCUGUGUGGUUUGUGUAAAUAUACUGUCUGCUUAACACAGAAACACUCGGUGGAGUCUGAUCCUGCAGAAGAAGAAGCUGUGUACAGUCCGUGUGGAAACGCUGAUUCCUGAGUUGUGUGGGUGGGGCUUGUUUCCUUGUAGGGGUUAUAGAAAUGUUUGACUUAAUUCUGUGUUUUUUAUUUUUAUAAUAAAGAUUUAAUGAAAAGCGG